AUGAAGACCUUCGAUAUUGUCCUACUCAGGCGAUUCCAGGCUGUGCGUGACUCCAGGACGAGGCCCAACCAAGCCGGCUUUCGUGCUGGACGUGGAUGCGCAGACCGGAUAUUCACCCUGAGGCGCAUUCUCGAGUUUUGUCAUAGCUACCAACAACCAACGGCCGUCUGCUUUUUUAACUUUGCCGCCGCGUUCGAUUCCGUUCACCGUGAGUCUAUGUGGCGGAUAGUGGCGGUAGAUGGUGUACCGGCAAAAAUCAUCGCCAUGAUCAAGGCCUAUUAUCGCUCCUCUAAUGCGAGAGUCCUGGUUCGCAACAAUCUUACCCAACCGUCCGGUAUUCGGUCUGGCGUUCGACAGGCUUGUGUCCUGUUGCCCAUUCUGUCCAACUACGCUAUUGACUGGAUUCUCUGGAGGGCCCUACACGAAGGUGACGGUGUUGAGUUUGCACCCAGACACCGACUGACUGAUCUCGUCUAUGCCGAUGAUAUCGCCUUACUUGCUUCAAGUUUUGGUGAUCUGCAGUCUAUGGUGUCAAGAGUGGACGAGGUCGCUAGAUCGGUCGGUUUAUCCAUAAACGCUGGGAAGACUCUAGUGUUUUCAAGCUGCAGCCCUGAAUAG